GUGGCGUGGUGUGCGUGGGUGUGCUGUGGUAUGUGUGUGUCUGUAUGGUGUGGUGUGUGUACGUGCGUGCGUGUGUGUGACAGUGCAAUAGGGGUUUAAUUGUGAGACAACAGUGCAGUCAUGUGUUGUGUGUUUCAGUUGUUGACCAGAGCCUGUUGAAGGUACAGACACCCUCAUGGACUCAUACAUCUCGUGUUGCUGGCUAGUGCUCUACCUUUUCUUUGGCGGUGGUUCUACAGUAACCAUCCAAGGCUAUGUCGGUGACGUUGUGACCCUAACAUGUAAGUAUGACGCCCGGCAUUAUGGUACGCUCUCUAUCUGCUGGGGUCGUGGUCACAUCCCCAACAGCGGCUGUGGCAAUGAGGUCCUCAGGACGGAGGGAGUCAAAGUGACCCACAGGGCUUCGGUCCGGUACAAUCUCCAGGGUGAUCUGAGGUCAGGGGAUGUCUCUCUGACCAUCACCCAAGCACAGGUGAAGGAUUCUGGGUUAUACGGCUGUCGUGUGGAUAUACCUGGAUGGUUCAAUGACCAGAAACACCAUCUGGCACUCGUCAUCAAGCCCGCUCAUGAAACAACCCCUGAACCGUGGAUCCCUAGAGAGAGCACAACAGUUGGCUACCCGAAAGCGCAAACCACAACAAUGCAGACAACGAUGGGUUCAUCAGUACCUCCGGACCCUCCCACAGUGGCAAUCCGAGAAAUAUCAGCCAGGUCCAUCUCUGUAUGGUGGAGCGCUGGCUUUGAUGGAAACACCCCCAUCACAGGUUUCCACCUGGAAUGCAAGAGCCAAUCGGACUCCUGGGUAGAUGGAGUACGAGGCAGCAAUAUUCUGCCUUGGGAGAGAGAGACCGCUAUCAAUGACCUGCGACCCUUUUACACCUACAACAUCCGCAUGUUCACCAAGAACGACAUGGGCUUGAGUAAACCCAGCAAUGAGCUCACCAUCACCACUAAGGAAGCAGCCCCUGAUGGUCCCCCACAGGAUGUGAAGCUUGAAGCCCUUUCUUCCCACAGCAUCAGAGUCACAUGGAGGGCCCCUGAGUUGUCCUUCCAGAACGGGCUGAUCCGGGGCUACCAGCUCCGCUACAGUGAGUACAGUCCCCAGGAACGGCUUCCUGUCAGGGUGGUGCAUCUGAUGGACGGAUCAGAGCGCUUCACCAUGAACAACCUGCAGGAGGCGACAAAGUACAGUGUGACGCUGCACACCAUCAACAGUGCAGGGCUGGGGCCGUCUUCACAGGAGCUCGUCUGCUCCACUCUGACUAAUGAUGAUCAGCAGCAUAUGACAACAACUCAAGCAACAACAGAACUUCAGACAGAACAUUCAACCUCAACCAUUGCGACAACAACAUCUUCAACUGAGACAUGGCUGCUUGUCACUGACAGUCCCACUCAAGGUCAGAGGGUAGACGACUUCUCAACUACUAGUCCACUAAGUAACUCUACUACUAACCCAGCAUUGAGUAAAAAACUGGGUACUGAGGAACAGAGCGGUCAUCUUGUUGCCAUCCUAGUGCCAGUGCUGGUGCUGGGGUUGCUUGUUGUCAUGGCGAUCAUAUGGCAAUUUAGGCGUACCACGUUGAAAAAAGGCAACUGGAAAAUAUUAUGGAAGAACAACGGCUUUAUGUCCUUCGGGGACUCUGAGCCAGCACAGUAGAGACCUCUGGGAUGUUAGAAUUCCAAUCAAGAUGAUGCUGUAGUCACCGUGGGGUUAGCAUAAAGAGUAAGAAGAGAGAGUCCUAUCUUACAAUGAGAUCAACUGCAAUGUACACGAUGUGACGUUUGUGCGCCCAUGUUAAUAAAUGCUUGCUCAUA